AUGCUGCAGUCCAUGGGCAAAGACAUAAAGUCGUUCCCUCUUCCGGACAUUGAUGAUAAUUAUGACAACACGGAAGGGGAGGCGAGGGAGGUCAUUGAGGAAAUGGCUAUCGUCGUUGAUGAACACGACAAAUCUCUUGCGUCCUCACUGAACACCGAGCAGCUGAGGGCAUAUGACGAAAUAUUGGCCGCAGUCGACCGACACCAAGGGGGUGUUUUUUUUGUCGAUGGUCCUGGAGGCACUGGGAAGACCUUCCUGUAUAGGGCAUUGCUUGCUAAAGUUCGAGGUGAGAAAAAUAUCGCAGUGGCCACAUCGACGUCAGGUGUUGCUGCUUCCAUCAUGCCUGGAGGUAGGACCGCCCACUCGAGAUUCAAGAUCCCACUCAACAUUGAUGCAGAAGGGUCAUCGUGCAACUUCACCAAACAAUGUGGGACAACCAAGCUCCUAAGGAUGGCUUCGCUCAUCCUAUGGGAUGAGGCCACAAUGACAAAGCGGCAAGCGGUUGAGGCGCUGGACAAGUGCAUGCGCGACAUCAUGGGCCGACGGGACCGGCCUUUCGGGGGCAAGACCGUCGUGUUUGGUGGAGAUUUCAGGCAGGUGCUUCCUGUUGUCAGGAAAGGGAGCCGAGGUCAGAUAGUCGAGGUGACCCUACGGAGUUCGUACCUCUGGAAGGAAAUGCGCCCGCUAAGGCUUGUCACCAACAUGAGGGCGCAUAACGACCAGUGGUUUGCAGAUUACCUAUUGAGGGUAGGAAAUGGCACCGAGGAGACAGACGAGGAAGGCAACAUCCGACUCGCAGAAGAUAUAUGUGUGCCUUCGACAGACAACGAGGUCGACGACUUAGAGAAGCUAAUCAACCAUGUGUUUCCUGCCCUGAACCACAACAUGACGGAUCCUGAGUUCUUGAACGACCUGACUCCUAAUGGUCUUCCUCCUCACACACUUAAGCUGAAGAUAAAAUGCCCUAUUAUACUGCUAAGGAACAUUGACCCAGCUAGCGGGUCGUGCAACGGCACAAGGCUCGUGGUCCGUGGGUUCCAACGGAACGCCAUCGACGCAGAGAUCGUGGUGGGACAACACGCCGGGGAGAGGAUGUUUCUUUCUCGGAUACCUCUGUGCCCCUCCGACGACGACAUUUUCCCGUUCAAAUUUAAGAGGAAGCAGUUCCCGGUAAGGCUCAGCUUUGCCAUGACGAUUAACAAGGCGCAAGGGCAGACCAUCCCGAUUGUCGGCGUCUACCUACCGGAGCCAGUAUUCUCUCAUGGUCAGCUGUACGUGGCGUUGUCCAGAGCCACCGCAAAAAACAACAUUAAGAUCCUCGCCAUCAAGGACAAUGGAAAGGACAAGAACGAGAAAUCAAAAAAGCGAAAAAGAUCCGAGUCCUUAGUAACAACCACAAUGAAUAUAGUUUACAAAGAAGUACUAAGCGGUUGA